AUGUCGAUUCCCGUCCUCGAUUAUUCCCACUUCUCUUCUGGCUCCCGAGAGCAGCGGGAGACCUUCGCCCACGCUCUGGUAGAGAGCUUCGAAAAGACCGGGCUUUGCAAACUAGAAUACCAUGGCUUCGACUCAAAGCAGCUUAGCGAGAUGUUCGAUUGGGCCAGGAAGUUCUUCGACCAGCCAAUAGAUACCAAGCAGAAGAUUCCUAACGACAUCGGCCCAAAGCCCAUGCGAGGCUACACCCCAUGGAGGGUAGAAGAAGUUGGAAAACUCUCUUUCGACAACAUGGUUCGAUCGCUGAAGGACUCAAAGGAGCAUUUCGACCAAGGUCCGGAACACGAUACAGAGUUUCCCAACAAGUGGCCAAGCGAGCCUGAGCUUGUAGGCUUCCAAGCUUUCAUGACGGCAUUCUAUCAGCAGUGCGACGAGGUCUGUCUCACUUUGAUGAAGGCACUUGAGCUUGCGUGGGGAAUCAGUGAUGGCUCACUUGUCGCCCGUUGCAUGCCCAGCGCCACAGAUCUACGCUUGACGCAUUAUCCAACCAUUGCCGUGGAAGAUAUGGACCAGGAUAAAAAGACAUGUCGCAUCGCACCACAUACCGACUUCGGACCUAUCACGCUCCUCUUCCAGGAUGGUACCGGUGGUCUCGAGGUCGAGGAUCGAACGACCGGCAUAUUUGUCCCAGUAAGCCCAGCCAUACCCACCGAGAUGAUCGUCAACGUCGGCGAUACCUUGACCCGGUGGACCAAUGGCAGAAUUCUUGGCGGUGUACAUCAGGUCACGGUCCCGGAAGCCAUGAAGGGGGCAAGAGGUGUGACCAUACCUUCGAGGAUCUCCAUGGCCUACCUGUUCAAAGCCGGUCGCGAGGUCUCCCUUGGGCCUUUGCCAAGUUUCGUUUCGGCCACAAAUCCAGCCAAGUUUGCGGACAUGACAGCGCUCGAGUAUCAGAGAUGGAGAAACAGCAUCAUAUAUAGCUUGGACAAAGAGCUAUAUACUCAGGAUGGCAAGGAGCUGGGACUUGCUGGCGCCCAAGUCCUGCAGCAAGCACCGGUUGUAUAAUGUGCUCGACAAGAUCGAACGAGCGUGCUCUGCACCUAUCGCGGAAGUGCUUGCAAUUUCGGACGCGACAUGUUCAUUGUGAUAUGUUUGCCAAAAUGUAAAGCAACCAUCUUGUGAUUCUCGACGCAAAGUGUACUGUCAUGAGUGAAGUGACGAAACGAAUCCCAAUGCUGGUGCGAAG